GUUAAGGAAAUUGAUUUAAUUAAUUUUCUUAAUCUUGUAUUAAUAGAUUCAAUUAAUGGUUCUUAAUGACGCAGUAAAUAUCAUCUUAUAAGCUCUUUCUAUAAAAGCAGCAGCUACCCUCACUCCACACUCAAUAUCACCAUCUAUAUCUCUCUCCUCUUCUUUCUCUCUCUAAAAAUAUCUUAUACAUAGAUCGACAAUAUAGUGAAUACAUAUAAUAUACUAAUAAUAAUAUAAUAAUCUGCAGGGAAAAUAAAUAAAAAUGGAGAGGAGAGGAAGUGGCAUUGUUUCGGGAGAGGAGGAUGUGAGGAAAGGGCCAUGGACGAUGGAAGAAGAUCUGAUUCUAAUAAACUACAUCUCCAACCACGGCGAAGGGGUUUGGAACUCUCUUGCCAAAGCCGCAGGUCUAAAACGCACCGGAAAAAGUUGUCGGCUGCGGUGGCUGAACUAUCUCCGCCCCGACUUAAGACGUGGAAACAUCACUUCGGAGGAGCAGCUCGUCAUCAUGGAACUGCAUGCAAAGUGGGGAAACAGAUGGUCAAAAAUCGCAAAGCAUCUCCCAGGAAGAACCGACAACGAGAUCAAGAAUUUUUGGAGGACAAGGGUCCAAAAAUACAUCAAGCAAGCCGAAACGACGUCGUCAGUUGGAUCACAGGGCUCAGAGAUCAACGAUCAAGCGGGCUCGAGCCAAAUCUUCGGUACACAGCAAGAAGCGACGGAGACAUACUAUCCGACCACGUCGUAUCAAGGAAACAUGGAACUGAACUACGACUCUCCUAUGUCGUCGGAAUGGCUGAUGCCAAUGCCGAUGCAGAUCGAUCAGACCGGAGAAAACUAUUGGACCAUGGAUGAUAUAUGGUCCAUGCAAUUACUUAAUGGUAAUUAGUUUACGCAAAAAAAAAAAAAAAGGGUCAUGUUAGGCCUGCUAUAUACUUUCAUAUUGAUGUAAGUACCUCAUGGUUAGUACUUUUCCACUUAAUGUGGCUUGUUUCCAUGUUUAGUGAUAUACUUAAGGUAAGGGGUGGGGGAUA